GAAUGCUGCGCAGCCCUCCUCUUCCAGAAGAGACUCACGACUGCUGCUGCUCUUACGCUCACUCUCACAUCACCUCUGUCACCAGCACACGCGCCACGGCGAUUGUGCCCACUCACUUCUUCGGCAGAAAAGGUCCGUAUUGUCGCUACCAGUCAGCUCAGCGCAACUCCCCUUUGCGCCCACACCACACUCUCACCUAUCAACGAUAGCCAGCAUCAGUCCAGGUGACGCAGAUCACGAUGGCGGACAAGGUCAGCGAGGAUGAGCUCAAGCCUACCCAGACUGAGGGCUACAAGGCUGGAGAGAAAAAGUCGCUAGCAGAGUACGCUCAGCUGGACGCAGAGGAUGAGAGCCUGGCUCGCUGGAAAGCUAGUCUAGGCAUCGUUCCCGGUGCUUCUGGUGGAGCUGCUACUGGACCAAAGCUCAAGUUGCACUCCCUUUCGCUCGUCUCUGCUACGGCGCCAAACGGAGCUGUCACCUUGGACUUGGAGAGUGGUAACGCAGACGCUAUCAAGAAGGACACCUUGACAAUCAAAGAAGGCGUCGAGUAUCACGUCAGCUUCAAGUUCACCGUAGGUCAAGAAGUGCUGUCCGGCUUGCGUUUCAUCCAAGUCGUCAAGCGUGGAGGCAUUCCAGUCGACAAGACGGAAGCGAUGAUUGGAUCCUUUUCACCACGUGGCGAGCCUUACAUCAAGCAUCUAGAGACGGAAGAAGCUCCUUCGGGCAUGCUCGCACGAGCCACCUACAGCGUGCGAAGCAGACUGAUCGACGAUGACAACCAGACGCUUUGGGAUCAGAGCUGGAGCUUCAAGAUUGCCAAGGAUUGGGCCGCAUAGUCGCGCUCCACCCUCCAUUUCAGCAUCGCAUAUCGAAGUCUCGCCGUUUGAAGAAACAUCCGACCGCCUUUUGCAUCUAAUCGCCCUCAUCCUCAUCCCCUUCCGCGCCCUUUCACUCCCGCACAUGACCCGCUGAGGAGGCUGCGCACGACUUUGUGCAGUAUGCGACAAACUUUACCAUGGCUCCUUCUUCAUGUUCAAGGCUGUUGGACUUGAACACUCAAGGAAUGGGGCAAUGUCGUACAUUUCUAGCUCGCCCGACUGCAGCGAGACGGACAAGGCCGAAUGCUUGCGUCUGACGCGAGCCAGGUGGGCUUUGAAUUGGCCUGCGGACACUCAUUCGCUAUCCGCCCUCUUCAGGCGCCGGUGCAGCCGAGCAUGGCGAUGUGAAGAUGCACCGAGCGCGCAGCUGGCCCAGAGUGCAUUUUGUUUCGAAGGAGAUCU